AUGGGCCUAUUUCACGAUUCCAGCAAUGACAACACAACAUGUCCAAUGCCCAGGCCCCUCGUGGCUGAUGCAUCAGAAAAUUUCAUAGGCGAAUUCACUUUCCACAAGUUCAACAUGAUUCUUUCCGGUGCCUGCACGGCUAUUACCUGUCUGGUCAUUUUGUUUGCGAUGAUCAAACACUCAUUACGCUUCAGUAACCCAAACGAGCAGCUAAAAAUCAUGCGAAUCGCUACCUUAUUACCCAUCUACUCGAUCCUCUCUUUUAUCCCCAUCUGCUUCCCGAACAGCUAUGUCUACCUGACGGGCUGGAUAGAAGUUAUCCAGGGAAUUGCGCUUUAUACCUUCCUCAUGCUGCUCUGCGACUUUCUUGCUCCCAACGACCGCAACCGCGUCGUCUUCUUUGCGGGCCUGAGAAUCCCCAGCAGGAAGGACAAGAACGAGAAGCGCGACGGGCUGACAUGGCUCCAGAAAACUUGGUAUUUUGUCCUUCAGUAUCCCGCUGUUGCCGCUAUUCUCGCUGUCGCACAAUGUAUCACCGAAGCCGCUGAUGUCUACUGCCUUGAAAGCAACAACAGACACUUCGCUCAUCUUUGGCUUAAUGUCAUCCGAAUCAUAUCCCUCAACUUUGCAAUCAUGUCCAUCCUCCGAUUUUACGCCAACCUCAAGUCCUAUAUGCAAGAGCACAAGCCAUUGUUAAAGCUCCUUGCAUUCAAGAUGGUAGUUGGUCUUGUAUUCAUUGAACAGAUUAUCUUCAUGAUCCUGCACUCGACAGACGCUCUCAAGGAAACGUCGACAAUGAGCUAUGCCGAUGUAUACAUCGGACUACCGACCAUGAUCAUUUGCAUCCAGAUGGUUCCCUUCGCAUUCUUCUUCAACUACGCAUACUCUACAAAGCCUUACCGAGUAAGCAGCAACAGCGCCCGUUACGAUAACUCCAUGGAGUAUCUCGCUGUUGAGGAGAACGAGGCAGGAAGGUCUUAUCAAUCACGCCAAUAUCAAGGUGGUCCUCUCGGUAUCUAUGCUUGGCUUGCCUUUUGCAACGCCUUGGAGUUUUUCCGCGAGAUCACGUCGACAUACCACAUGUUUCGUGAGGGUCGGAUGAGAAUGGUGGACCCCAUGACAUCGCAGGAAAGCUAUCGCAUGCAGUAUUCCAUGUAA